CUUGACUUUUAUUUUUCUAUGCACUUUUGAGAUUUUAGACAGCAACGCGAACAGGACUUUUAUUUUGGUGUGGCGAUCAGCCGUCAUAAGGCUGCUUCGAGCUGUUGCAUUUGAUGUUAUUCGGCUCAAGAAAGUUAUUCUUAAAUAUGACAAAACUUGGGUUGGAGAUCCACAUGACAUGAAGAUGGCGUUCGUUAAAGAGAAGAGCGAAGAAGAGAAACAUGAAGAUACUGAAACACAAACAGACCUGAUUCAGCUGAAAGAGGAGAGUCAAGAACUGAAGGAAAUUGAAGUGCAAAUUCAGAAUGAGAAAGAUCAGGAUUUCAUGAAUGGAAAAAAAUUCUCACGAAAAAGAGGUCGUCGUUUAAUUUGCAAACAGUGUAGAAAACGUUUCAUUCAUAGAAGAGACCUUGAUAUCCACAUGAAACUUCAUAAUGGAGAGAAGCCUUUCAGCUGCCAACCGUGUGGUAAAAGUUUCAUUUCUAGAUGGUACUUUGACGUUCACAUGAAAAUUCACACUGGAGGAAACACUUUCAUCUGCAACGAGUGUGGGAAGAGCUUCUCACGAAGAGGAGGUCUUAAGACUCACAUAAGAGUUCACACCAGAGAGAACCCAUUCUCAUGUGAUCAGUGUGGAAAAAAUAUGAGAAAUAAAGCAAAUCUUAAUAAGCACAUGAAGAUUCACGCAAGUUUUAAAUGUCAUCACUGUGGAAUGAGGUUCACAGACAGCGAUCACCUUAAGGAUCAUGUGAUAACUCAUACCGGAGAGAAGCGCUUCAUGUGUAAUCACUGUGGAAUGGACUGUAAACACAAUUCACACCUUGAGGUUCACAUAAGAACUCACACAGGAGAAAAGCCUUACAUCUGCCCUCAGUGUGAUCGGAGUUUUGCAUUAAAAGGAGCCCUAAGGAUUCACAUAAGAGUUCACACAGGAGAGCAGCCUUUUUCCUGCCCUCAGUGUGGAACGAGUUUUGCAUAUAAAAGAAACUUGAAACAUCAUAUGCAAACUCAUUCUAGCAAGAAACUGGAAUGAUCUGUGCAUGGCAAGAGGUUUAGAAUGAGGAGCAAUUUCAAAAAUCACUCCGGAGGUGUGAAGGUGAUUUAAUUGAUUAAUUCACUCAAUCAAAAUAUUAGAUAAACUUUUGUCUUGCUGUAAAAUGCCACAAUGUAAAUGAAUAUACAUACAUAAAGUGAAUAAAUAGCGUAUAAUGGAAUAUUUGAUCUUUCAGUCAUGACAUUAAUAUGGCAACUGUAGGGAGUGGGUCCUCAAUGUAAGCUACUUGUUGGUGUGUCAGUAUCUUCAAUGUCCUGAGAUAGAUUUAACAGCAUCAAUAGUCUAAUACUUAGUUUAUAAUUAGAAAAUAGUCACUUCAAUAGUCAGGCCAAGUUAGUUAUUCAAACGUAAGACAACAUAAAGACAUGUCCCUCAGUGUUCCUCUUCAGUUUUCCUUAUUGUAAAUUAAGCAUUUAUUGUGCACUUUAGUUAGAAUCAUUGAACAAGAUGAGGGUU